CACAGAGUCUCAAAUGUAACCUUGACUGGCCUGAAGCUGGCUGUGUAGACCAGGCUGGCCUUGAAUUUACAGAGAUCUCCUUGCCUCCACGUUCUGAGUGCUGAGAUGAAGGCACUGGGUACCGUACCUGGUGCUCUGGUGCUCUGUCUCUCUCCGUCUCUCUCUCUCUCUCUGUCUCCGUCUCCGUCUCCGUCUCGCUCUCACUCGUGUCUGGCAGUUCAUAACCGCCUGUAACCCCAGCUCCAGGAGCCUGACGCCAUCUUCUGCCACUCUGGGACCCUGCAUGCAAAUGUGCUUACCUACAUGCAGACACACACAUAAAAAGAAAAAUAUGGUCUUGUUCGUGCUGGCCUCGAAAUCCAAAUCAAGGUCCUCCCAGGUCAGCAUCCUGAGUGCCUGGCUAUUGUUACAACUCCUGAAUUAAAGAACAGUAUCUAGCCAGUUCUGUGAUAAUGAUUUUGACUUUAUUAAACCUGACAUUUAUAAUUUCUCCAAAUUAUUGGAAAGUUUAAAAAAAUUAACCUCAUUCAUUAUAUUUGCACAUUGUUAAAAUAUGCUUAUUUGAACUUUUUUAUGAGAAUAAACAGAUAGAGGGACUAAGUAUAGACUGUGGUUGUCAAAAGUGUAAGCCAAGGUUUUACCGAGAUAAUACAUAUAACUCAGCUGAGCAAAACAAAGACUUGGGAUAUGUAAAAGAGAGCUUAUUUGAAUAAUAUUUACUGAAGUUUGCUAAAGUUACAGCCUGUCAUCUUAUUUUUGUUGUAAACACAGGAUAACUAAAGGAGUUAAUGUACAGAAGUUCAUGUGCUUUUUGUUUGUGUUCUUUUUUUAUUUUCAAAUGUUAUUUGGCUUGUUCUUUAAAAAAACAAAAACCACACACACAUACACACAAAAUGAAUGAAUGAAUAAAUGAAUAAAAAAAACCCAGAGUCAACACAGUGGGACUCACUACCUGGGAAAGCCUUCUUACCUUUUGAGAAAACAUUAGAUUGCAGCUAAAUUAUUUGCACCUAAUAAGGUGUGUGUGUGUGUGUGUGUGUGUGUGUGUCUGUGUGUCUGUUUGUGUGUCUGUCUGUCUGUGAAUAUAUAGCAGAUACAGAGUCUAAAACUUAGUUAAGGGAAGACAAACAUUGAAUGUAUUAGGUGACUAGAUGCAUGUUCAAACCAAUCUGUUGUUCAGACUUUAGUAACUAAAUGCCAACUCAGUGGCCAACAGGGUUUUCUCUUCUGAGUGCUGUUCCUUGUGUGGCCUGUUCAUUACAAAUUUCAUUGUGUUGUAGCGUAUGUUAACAACUAUGCUAGAAACAUCAACACUUAGAUUUUUAUUUUCAUCUAUCCAUUCGUCCGUCUAUCUGUGUAUCUAUCCAUUGGUUUUUCAAGGCAGGGUUUCUCUGUGUAGCCCUGGCUGUCUUAGAAAUUGUUCUACAGACCAGGCUGGUCUCGAACUCAGAUCUGCCUGCCUCUGCAUCUGGAGUACUGCGAUUAACGGUGUGUGCCACCACACUUGACUUAAUACUUAGAUUUUUAAAAUGAAAAAUUUUGGGUUAAUAUGUAUUUGAUGUCUUUAAAUAUAGUUAAUUAUUAAAGUAUAUUGCUAUUCAAGUAAUUUUAUCUUUAAAAUGUAUUUGAAAGCUGGGUGUGUUGGCACCCAAUACUCCAGAGGCAGACAGAUCUCUGAGUACAAGCACAGCCUAGUCUACAAGGGCAAAGACAGCUGGGGCUAUAGAGACCUUGUUGCACCCACCCAAAAGUAUUUGAAGCUAGGCACAGUGGGUCAUGCCUAUAAUCCCAGAAUUUGCCUGUAAUCCUAGGAUUUUAGAGACUGAGGUAAAAAGAUUGCUCUGUGUUUAAGGCUAUCCUGGGCUACAUAGUUGAGACCCUGUCUCAAAAAAUUAGGAAAAACAGUGUUUGCAUGUGACAGCAGAUCUAGUAGUCAGUGGUGUAGGGUUAUAAUUAGUUUCGGAACAUGAUUAAUUUAUGAUUAUCUCCUAAAUAUAUCUAAAUAGAUAGUCAAAUUUAUCAAGAAGCAUGGUAUUGUAGCUUAGGUAGAUUUUUAACUGAAUAAUUGUGAGUGCUUACAUCUUUAAUCCCAGCACCUGAGAGGCAAAGGCAGGCGGAUCUCUCCGAGUUUGAUGUCAGCCUGGUCUACAAAGAGAAUGUCAGGAUGGUCAGGGAAACCCUGUUUCAGAAAACCAAAACCAAACAGACAGAAAAUUUAAAGCUACGUUAAUUAAAUUGUGAUUAUUGCAACUGAAUGUUCUUGUUUUAUUUUUUUAAGCCAGUGUCCCUUGAUAGAUGUUUACAGAUAAGUUUAUGGCAAGUGGUUAUCUAAGUCAGCUAGGUGAUUUUGUAAAGACCAGUUUGUAGGUGAGCUCACAAAGUCAAAAUACCGUCAUUUAUUCUUUUCUAAUGAGUCGUUAAGUUGCAGACGCAGAAUAGGUGGCUACUGUAGUACUGACUUGAGCUCUCUGAUUUUAGGUACUUCAGAAGACGAUGAGGUCAUUCAACCAGGUUUCGUCAGCCCCAGGUUAGUUUGUUUUUAAGUUAAAUGUUUUAUUUAACCUAGUGCCUUGAACGAUCAGUGGAGGAGUUUGAGAGGGCUUGACCAACCCUAAGGAUUUUUCCACUUGGGCAAAAUUGGCAUCAUAUCCUGUAUACCCUACCCAGAAUAUUCCAUCUUUCAACUGUUCUUCUUACCCCAGCUGUGUGGGUGGCAUGUUCUGUUUACCUACCUUCUGUUUGACAGUGUUUGGUUUGGGGAUUUUUUUCUCCAUAACUUGAGCAAGACAGAUAACAUACUUAAACACUAAUGGAGACAAGUCCAUUGCUUAUUCUUUUCUGUGAUUCCCAAUAGGUGCUAACAAAUAUCUGUUGAAUUGAAGUUCAGCUAUGGUAGUGUUUUCAAAUAAUUCGUUGUAUGUAAAGUGGACUUUCUGAGGAAGUUUCAUUUCAUUAAUCCAGGGAGCUUCAUUUAUUUUGCUCUUUACGUAUAACUACCAUAAUAAUAAUAAUAUUAAUAAUAAUAUUAUUAUUAUUCUGAAUAAUGAAUAUUCAUAAUAAUAACAACAAUCUGCUUAUUAUCCUAUUGUAAAAUGGAAUUGGUUGAAGUUAAACCCAGAUUUAAGAUAUGGAAUUUUAUUUUCUUAUAUUAUUUUUUUUCAGUAAUACUCUUUUUUGGUAAUAGUAUGGUACUCUGGCAUUUUCCCUAAUGAAUUAAAAACCUGUCUUGUUUUUGAGGAAGGGUCUUACUAUGUGGCCCUGCCUGGCCUGAAACUUGCCUAGUAGACGAGGCUGACCUGGAGCACACAGAAAUGUCUCUGCUAUGAGUGCUGGGGUGAAAAUGUGUGUGCUCCACACCUGGCUCUGACUGAGUCCUAGAUUAGUGUAUCUCUGAAGGCACUCACAAAAUUCAUAAUGAUUCAUAAUAAAAUGAUCUUAUUAUUAAGUUUACUAAUCAGGAUUGUAUAACCAGAGAAAGAAAAGAUCAGAUAUUUAAUGGAGAAGCCAUAGUCAAUGCUGCCUUUUGCAAACACUGCUUUUGUGGAAUAAAACUUAACAUGUUGAUGAUGCUCUAAGUGAGUUUCAUGAAAAAGAACACUAUUAAAAUUUGCUACAAAAUGUUGGAUAUAUCAUUUCCUUUCUUCUUACCAUUGAUUGUGGAGUUUUUCUGGAGGUAAACUGGCAUUUUUCUGUUUGGAAAAACUGUUCACACCAGUGUGUUAAAUGACUGCAAUAAAGUUUCUUGUCUGUUUCCUCUUGAUGAAAAGGGAGUUGGAGAUGAAGGGAGAUUGUUCUUUGGCUGGGCUGUAACAGACAGGCUUGACCGUCAGUGGGACCCCGACUUCCCGCUGUUGGUGGGGAACUGAAGCCCCAGCUAUGUAGUGAGUGACCAGCGGCUGCCAGCUCGGUGGGACUGGACGGUUUUCUCCAGGAUUUGCGUCCCACCGCCCUCUCCUCUUAUCUUUUACUCCUCCCUUUCUCCAGCUUCCUGUGUCUGCUGUGCUAGGUGAACCCUUCAGAGGAAAUAUUGAAAUAGCCCUAAGAGGUAGACCACACUCUUUUCAGCUGAUUAUUUGUUUUUGUGAGAUGAGAUUUUAAAUAAUUAAUCUGUAAAUGAUUUUAGGUGAGGGAGAAUGCAUAUGUGUACAUUGAGUUUUUCAUCUUAUGGACUCAGACAUUUCUAUUUACUGUAAAAUGGUCUUUGAAUUCUGAAGCAUACAUGUACAAGUAAAACACGUGGAAAAUAGUGCCUAUCAUUUUUUCAAAUUAAAGUUCUUUUGUGCUAUUCUGAAUAAUUAUGGAAAGCUUAUUUAUUACUAGAGGAUUGUUCACAAAGUUACCAUUUUAACUAACAUAGUUCAGGGAAGUGUUGAACAUAGCUUAGAAAAUGCAACGAAAGCAAUACUCAAUUUUUAUUUCUUUUUUAUGGAAAGAGAAAAAUGUUACUAUAAUGGAAUUUUGCUAGUUUUUCAAAAUAACAUUUUAUAAAAUAUGCUUUAAAAUAAUGCCCUGUUUAUGAAUUUUAUUGUUCUAAAUUUUGUUUUACAGCAAAAGUACCUGACAAAAACCUUUAAAGAUACCUUGUUUUUGAAAUAUAAAAGUAAUUUGAACAAAAAAAAUCUUAAGAUUUGUGGUAACGAGUUCCUCUGUUUCUACAAUAGUCCCCAAGCACUAUAGUUCAAAGGGCAUUUAAGAAAAAUUUUAAGAGAUUUUUGACAACUGUGAGUAACUCUAAAAAGAAAAAUUGCAUUUUUGUUUUCCAGUUUAAAAAAAAAAAAGAAAAGAAAAGAAAAAACGGAAUGAGACCGGAAUUUUGCUCUUGGAAACAAAAACAAACACCCUCGGGUUCUGGGGUGCCUCUGCUGACAGGCUCAGUCGGGGCUGGUUUCCUCUGCCUCCCUGUUUAAAUCCACUUCGCAGAAAUGCAGGGAGUGGGUGGAAUCGGAUCGAUUUUCCGAGACGGGCAGGUCGAUAGCCUUUGCCCAAGCUGCCCGGGAAAGAUCACGCGGAACAGAUGGGUUCCCCAAAUCCACAGGCCUGGAGUCCCUCCCGCCCUCCGCUUUCCAAAUGAGAAAGGCGCUGCGGAUGUGUGUGUUCGCUGCUUGCCAGCUCCCAACUGCAAGCUUCGCAGUUUGCUCGUUUUAAGCGUGGCCGGUGGGGGCAGGGCGGGAGCAGUCACUUGUCAAGGAGUUUCUCUUGAGUCUCCGCUGGACCUUGCCUAGAUUUACAAUGUUCUGGCAUCUCAUAGAUAAAGAGGUCAAAUUAUAAACGAUAAGUGCGUAAAUUAAGUAAAAAGUCUAGAUUGGGGCUAAUGUUUGUCCUAGUGGUGAAGAUAAGGAUUCUGUUUGUUUUGAAGAGCACAGUGACAAAUGUUUAAAAGUGCCUUCGUAAGACAGCAGCAGCUUUCUUUGGAAGACUGGAUUUCUCGAGGGAAGUUGGUGGAAUAAGGCAUAAAGAGUAAAGGGGUAGGAGAAUGAAAGGUGGUGAGCAGGUUGCUGGAAGAAGAAGAAGGAAAGGGCAGAUGGGCUGGUUCUGGAGUCGGGCUUGGGAACCCUGGGGGCAGGAGCCGCACAGAAAGGUGCUAGCUGCUGAGCUAGGGCUGGAGACCUCUCCUUACCUGCUAGAGAACAAGACAGAGUCCCAGCUGUGCCACAGCCCCUCACAGUUUUCAAAACAACCAAAGCACUGUUCGUGCUUUAAUAGAAGUCACACAGGGACUAACAGUGAGCAAGGAUGGAGGUCCUUGCGUUGUGGUGUUGGGGAGUGGUUCAAAUGAGAAAAUGUGUACCACCUUUAAAAGGGAAAACCCAAGUGUGAUAACCAAAGGACCCAUGAUAGAUUGCUUUUCAUCUCCUCCCUCCUGUGUUGAGUUGAGGAGUCAGUGUAGGACUUGAGCUAAUUUUAAAGACAUUUUGGAAGAGCUAUGAUAAAUCAAGCUGUGCAACAUUUGGCUUUUGAAGGUUUAAAACAUGCAUUUUAGUCAAACGCAGGUCUUCCUGGCACUAAAAACAAGUAGGAAAUGAGAAAAAAAUUAAAACCAGAAGACUUGAGAAGGUGACAAAUUGAAAAGCAUUGUAGGAGACUCAUAAGAACCAUUUUAUGUGAAAGAAGCAUUCUGAGCCUUAAGAGCUUAUGGUCAGUUUAUAAAAAGGCUCAAAAGAUUUGGGGAAGGGGCAGGCAAGAAUAAUCUACUUAAAAGACAGUGCCAUAGUCCUGAGUUGAUGAGAUUGUGUGUCUCCUCCUUUUCUCCCCCUUCCCAGCUUCCUUCCUGCUUCUUUCCAGCCUUCUCUUCCCUCUCUUUCCCCCUCUUAUCCCCACCCCCAAGGUGUGUAAAUGGUUGUGCCUUAAAUUCUUUGUGAAUGAGUUUUAGAGAUUUUCUCAGGGCUCCCAGUUGGAAAAGCCUUCUACAUAACUUGAAAGGCUGAUGUCCCUCUCAGGAAAUGAAUGGAUUGAUAACCUCUGACACCAGUGACCAGUCUGGUGAACCCUACCUUAAUGCUUUGAAUCCUGGAGGCCGCUAACCAGGCACAACUGUGAAUCCCCACAACUGAACUAUCCAAUGUAGUUCAGCAGUGCUGUCCCUACUUUAUACACACUUUCAAUAUAUCUGAAAUUUGUCAAAUUUAAGAAGGCAAGGACUCAGAAUCCACUUAUUGUUGUUUGAUUCUUACUAGUAAACCCUUACAAAUAAAACAGACUUGUAGAUAAAAUGUAAUUUACCAUAAACAACCCAAAAUUUACAAGCCUGUUAAUUUUAUGAUACUUUUGCACUAUCCCAAUUUACAUGAAUAUAUAUUCAGGUUAUUUGAUAGUAGAUUUUUUUUAAAGUAAUUCCUUAAAUUACAAAAAAUACAUUCAGAAUUAUAUAUUGUAACAACUUUGGUAGUAAUCCAUUUCUGUUAUUAAAAUAGAGUUUAGUAAAUGCUUUAGCAAACAACCUCUUCAGAAUGUGGGACUUGUUACACUUGGAAAAUUGUUUGGAUUUUUAGUUUUUUUUUUUUCUCUCCACCAGCUGGCACAUUGUUAUCCUUCUCAAAAUAAAUAAAAGCUUGCCUCCUUCCAGAGAACAAUAAAAGAAAGAAACAGAUGAAAAAAAAAAUCUUUCCAAAUUGAUCAGUUUUGAUUGACACCAUUUAUCACUAACAGCUGAAAAUAAUUUCUUUAUGCACUGAUUAUUUUCAGAUCUAAGCCAAUUAGUUUAAAUUUGUUUUUAGUUUUUCAGUAUGAGAAGGGAUUUUAAUAGGUGUACUUGGAUUUUUCAUAAUCCCAACAUUUUAGUUUGUGUGAAGCACUGUUAGAAUGUGGGCUUGCUUUGGAGAGAUGGGGUGAGGGGGUGUUGGCAUGGUGGGGGAGGGUCAGCUGGUAGCUUUGAAGAAGGGAAGUGGUAUCUACAGUUUUUCUGUAAACUGCUUGUUUAAGAAAAUGGGGGAUGGGGCAGCACAAGACUGGUGGAAGCCUUAUAAUGUUUCAAAACAGGGUAACAUUUUAUAUUUUGAAGAAAUGAGGCAUUUCUAGUUAAUAUAUAAUAUGUAAUAUUUUUAAGUAUUCAAUAAGGUGGCUAAUACUGUUAUAAACACGAUAAAUCCAGUUUGAAAAGCAAAAAGUGUUUUGAUGCAGGGGGGCCAACAAGAAGGGACGGAGGAGCCCACCUCGUUAUAGUUUCGUUUAUUUGACCGUUCUGCUUGCUGGCUGUAGACUUGUAAGAUGUCAGGGUCCAGUUAAUCUUACACCGAUUUACCUUUCCCCAUGUGCCUUCUCCCUACGCCAGCCGUGCAGGCUUUUUUCUUCUACGGUAGCCUCUCCCGCAUUCUCUUCACCUCCUCACGCCUCUCCCCUCCCCCUCCGCCCUGAGUCUCCUGCUCUUGGGGAACAAUCACCACUGAUUGAGGUUCACUCUAUGUUAGACUGGAAAACUGGGCUGUUAUUUAGGAAGUCAUUAAUCACAUCUCCUCCCCCGGAAAGAGAUGGCGGAGAAACCUGUGAAGUACAAUUUCUUACUAUACCUCUCAAAAAUAUUCUGAAAUGAGCAGCAUUAUUUGAUAGGAAAUUAGUAGCGAUUUUUUUCCCAGUAGGAUUUUAUUUUAAAUUUGAAAAAAUUUCAGAUUGGAAUUAGGAGUGUUUUUGCCUUUUGGUAGGUUUAUGUUACCAAUAUCUGAAGUUAGUGGUUAAUUAAAUUAAAAUUUGGGCUUAGGAAUUACAUAUUUUCCUCCACGAAUUAAAUAUUAAAUUAACGUCCCUAAGGUGGUUUGGUGCUAUGGAAUAGCAGAUUGCCUGUGGGGUGUGUGUGUGGGGAAUCAUAACGUCAGUUGCUUUAUUUAAAUGGCUCCCCCUAUGAGAUUAGAGAGGCUUGUGUGUGGAGCACGCGUGUGCACAAAUACCGACUGUCGCUUUUCUAAACCAGCAAUUCACAAGGACCCUUCGUUGUGUUUAAACAGUACAAAAUUAGCAUUCUGAUUAAUCAUAAAGAAGCGUCCCAAAUUGUCUUUAAGAUAACAUGUUUGAGUUUUCCGUGUUCAUUCAUAAAUUAUUUUGAUGUCAGCACAGAUGAAAUGGCGAUUGGUUAUCUCUUCCUCUUGCCAGCCCCUUAAGGAUCCGAGGUGAAAUUAGUAGCAAGAAAGCAUGUAAUUGACAAAGUCACGUGUGCUCAGGGGGCCAGAAACUGGAGAGAGAAGAGAAAAAAAAAUCAAAAGAAGGAAAGCACAUUAGACCAUGCGAACUAAAUUUGUGAUCGCACAAAAUCAAGAUGUUAGACGGAUGCUGAAGAUCACUCCGGUCCAAAGGGAAAGUUUUCAUCUCUCGAGUUUGAAGCUGAGGGCCGGUGGGGCAACAUGGCCGAAGGCGGGGCAAGCAAAGGUGAAGAGCCAGAAAAGCUGCCUGAGCUGGCCGAAGAGGAAUCCCAGGUUCUGCACGGAACUGGCCACUGUAAGUGGUUCAAUGUGCGCAUGGGAUUCGGAUUCAUCUCCAUGAUAAACCGAGAGGGAAACCCCUUGGAUAUCCCAGUGGAUGUAUUUGUACACCAAAGCAAACUAUUCAUGGAAGGAUUUAGAAGCUUAAAAGAAGGAGAGCCAGUGGAAUUUACAUUUAAAAAAUCCCCCAAAGGCCUUGAGUCAAUACGGGUAACAGGACCAGGUGGGAGCCCCUGCUUAGGAAGUGAAAGAAGACCCAAAGGGAAGGCCCUGCAGAAGAGAAAACCAAAGGGAGACAGGUGGAGACGGCAGGAUUUACUGAUGGAUCAGAUGUGGACUGUGAGAGAAGAAGAGUCCAGGAUGAUUCCAAGAUGCUACAACUGUGGUGGCCUUGACCAUCAUGCUAAAGAAUGUAGUCUACCUCCGCAGCCAAAGAAGUGCCAUUACUGUCAGAGCAUCAUGCACAUGGUGGCCAACUGCCCACACAGAAUCGUCGCCCAGCUGCCCCCCGGUUCCCAGGGGAGACAGGAGGCAGAGUGCCAGCCGUGCACCUCUGCUUCACCGAGGGAAGGGGGAGGAGGGCGUGGCUGCACACCACCCUUUGCUCAGGAGGCCAGGUCAGAGACGGCAGAGCUGUCAGGCUGGUCACCCCAAGAAGCGUCUUCUGCGAAGGCCUUUGUGGCACCAGAAGAGCAAAACAAAAAGGGGCCUUCGAUUCAAAAACGGAAAAAAACUUAAUACUUGUCAGCGUUUUCUUCACCCGGUUGGGAAGUCUACCUCACGCAAGCACACGGAAUAGUAUUCCAGAGAGCAGCUGACCGCCAUUUUAACUACUGUUGAGGAACUGUGGAUUUUUUAAUCAGACAAAUCACUCUUAAGCAAAUGACAUUGAAGCAGGGUGUCAUGUUUUAUAGAACUGAGAUACUACAUAUAGUAUGUGCACAAGUGAGAGGGGAGACUUGAGGCUGUACGUGUGUGUGAGGAUUUCACAUAGGAACGCAGGCAUAUACAUAUAUACAUAUACACAUACAGACAUGUAUGUAUGUGCCUGUCUUUAUACAUGUAUGUAUGGAGAUAUAAGCACAUACUCUCCCUCAGAUAAUUGAGCAUCUCCAAGCAUUGAAAGUCCAUGUGAAACAUUUGAGGUGGUUUCAGAAUUAACCCUUGGAAUUUUUCCUAAAUACUACUUCUUUUAUAUUACCUAAAAAUAACCUCCUGAUGGUUACCUUUCAUGUGAACCAAAGCAUGUUUCAGAUCCCAGACUGCCAGUCAAAUGGUACUAAAGGUUUUGGGGAUACUCGAUGCCUCCAGAGUCUGGAUUCAUCAUUGUGUCCUGGUGCUGAUGGAGUGUUUUGCUAUUGUUAUUUUCUGCCUUCUCCUGUUCGAAGGUGGUAACCUAACUUUAAUGCCUCUGACUGCCGUAAGCUUUUAAUUUUUAGCUACGUAACAACUCCAGAAAAGACAAUGAAUGUGAAGUUUCUGGGCUGAUAUUUCACUGCUUUUUGUUUUGAUUGUAACUUACAUGCCUAUUAAGAAAAAUGAAGGGGAAGGUAAUGUAUAAAUAUCAUGGUAUGAUCCUUUUCAGUGGUGUUUUGGUACCAGCUCUUUUACAUGUUUCUGAGGUGUUUAAGGGACCAUGGCAACAGAAGCCUUCUUUGACUAAGCAGCUUCUGAACCAUCACUUAGAACGGGAAGGUCUCCUUACUUGCUACUGAAGCCUUCGAGGAAAACUAAAUAUUUGGGUAUAGUUUGGUGACUGUUUUUAUUCCCCCCAUAGAGUCCUCAGACAUGUUUCUAAAACAAACAAUAGCACCAUAAAAAUGAAUAAAAUAGUGGGGCUUAGAGUGAAAAGUAAGUAGAUGCUCACAAUUGCCCAACAGAUACAGCCCAGGAUUGAUACUAAAAGAACAGUGUUUGGUGGCAGGCAGCUAGCAUGAUGAGCUGGGAGCAGUUACCAAAUCCCUCCCUGCCAUGUGGCUAGGAAUACUUUAUGUUAUAACACUGAUGGCAGUUACCUUGAAUGUAGAAGAUGAAGUAACCUAAGUUAGGGAUUCAGGAUGAGCAUUCAGGGCUACUAGUAAUCUUCUCAGAUGAAGUCUCAGUUUGCUAACAGAUUGGCUAGGGACUGAUCGUAAUAUAGGUCUGUUUUCCAUCAUGUUAAAAAAAAAAUAGAGUUAGCCUGGUUCUAAAUGUGAAGAGCAAACUUUUGAAACAUCUCCAAGAAGGUACCAAGGAAUUGCAGUGAAUAAUUUUGGCAAUAAAUAUAGUUUUAUAUGGGCCUGUUGGUAUAAGCUCAGAUAAUCAAACAAGAAAGCAUCAUGACUCAAAUGAGAUGCAUUCUACUGAGGAAUUCCUUCCUCCUGUAUGCCAGUCUUUUCCAGGUUAGCUUGACUCUUUUGACAGUAUUUAUGAGAAUUUCCAUAGUGUUUUAUUGAUGUAUCAUUGUGCUGUAAUGCAGAGCUUACUGUUGACGAUAUUGAAUGUGAUGUAGCCAUAGAGAAGUACUGCCUUGCCUUACGUGAGGAUUUCAAGCUUAUUUAAAUUAUGUAGACAAAUCAAAGUGUCACCCAAAUAUAAUGAACAAAGUAACAGUUGUACAAGCAAAAUAUGAUAGGUCACUUUGAAAGUUCAAACCAAAGUUCCUUGACUAUAGAAAUAGGAAACUAUGGACUUGAAAAUUGGACAUUCUGUUUACAUAUAAAAAUUCAGAGCUGAGAUCAUUUUUAAAAAUGAAAAUAGAAAAUUCUGAAACACUUGACUAUGGACCUUAUGGGUGCAGUUGACAUUUUUCGGCAUCUGACCAGACGGAAUUACUAAGAGCACAUACCAAACCUAUCUUAUGAUUAAAAGUUGGGGUUUAUUUUUUAUAUGAAUAUAUUGUCAUUAUUACAUGCUCAGGACAAAGAAUUUUGCUCAGGGAACCUACAAUAUAAUGUUUUUAUUGUUUUUUUACAGACUAGUCUAUAGUCCUGCUUACUCAAAACAAGCCAAAUAAAUUAGGUCUUUAUGUACGUACAUGUACUUGUUGGUAACUACCUCUGAGUUUGACAUUGAUCAUAAUUCUGAAUAUCAGAUGUUGGUCCUCCUGUUUUUAUUUCAUGUGAAAAACCUUGUAAAGCAAAACUCUUCCACUCCUUGCAGAUGUGAAUCCACUGAUAUGAGCACUUUGCUCAUUCACAUGAGUGAAACAUUCCGUUUACAGCACAUGGCUACCUCCUAGCUCCUACAUAGCACACCUUGAUGCUGUUGCAGCCUUGUAGGCUGCUGGUAAUUCUCUGGUACAGACACUUUUAAUCUGUAGCAUAGAUAGGCAUUUACAACUGCAUGUUUCUGGAAAAUGCCUUUGAAUAAUAGGACUUCUCAUGUUAGAUAGCAAAGUCUCCAAGCAUUUCCUUAAAGUUAUCAUGUAUUGAGUUUAAGGAAGUAUAGGCACUCUUUAUCCUAAGCAAAACCACACAGAAAUAAUCUUGACAAUAGCUCUGUUGCCCAGAGGUGGGGGCAGGAGGGCUAACAGAAGCAAACGUGGUGUUUGUAAUUUGCUGACAAGUGAAUAAAGACUCCUACCCCCUCCACUUGUAUCUUUGCUGUCUUGGUGGCGAAGCACACUGCAGCCUCCAAGCCCCAGGCACAUAACCAACCAGCACCAGCUGCCGUGGAGGGAACGAAGAGGGCAGGGCCACUGCCAGCCAGGAGGGAAGGGUCUGGGGAGCACCAUUUUUUCAGGGGUUCCUAACAGUGCAGCGAUGGUCUAUGAAUUGAGCCACCUUUUGACCCCCUGUCAUGUCAACACAAAUGUAAUUUCUAAAAAUGGUGCACUACCAGCCUUUUAGCCUGUGAACUACUCAUUCUCUACACAGCAGGUCAUAGUGGAGACAUUUUUAUACUUGCAUUUCUAUUCUUUGGAUGUAUUUUUACAAAUGAAAGAUUUGGGAAGAUUUUUAUCUGCUUAUAACGUGGAAAUUUUAGUGUGCAAUCUAAAGGAAAAGAUAAAGACAUCACAUUAUUAGCAUCAGUCCACCUCCCAAAUAUAGGAUGUUUUUAUUGCCAAUUAUUUUUGUACUCCGGCUCAGAUUGAUUCUGCACCAGUGCAGGCCUGAGUUGCCGCUGGCUGUAUGUAGUGUGUGAAUAGAAGCCCCCAAGUGUUAAUAGACUGUGUAACAUUCACUGUAAGAUGAAUUAGCCAGGAUGUGGGGAUCUCAUUAGGUCUUAAAGUUAAUUUAAAUUAAUUUAUCUGUUCUCUCUAAGAAAUGUUUAUCUUAAAAUAUAUAUGUAAUUUCACCUUUGGUAUAAGAUCCAGGAAACUAUGUGCAAGUGCAGCUGUGCCGACUUUACUUUUCUAGAUGUCUUAAUGAGAUUUAUUUGUUUUAGAAAAAGAACAACUUGUUGAAAGCAUCCAGUUCUGUCUUACAUACUGUCAACAGCCUCUUCAAGAUGUGCCUGUGUGAGUUGUGACCUAGUUGUUCAUUAGCGUGAUAGGGUGACCUAUGGCUCAUUGUGGAUCUUUAUGCUUGGAGCAAUGUACUGUACUGUAAGAAAGUAUUCCAAUAUUUAAUAUGCCUGUGGCUUACCCCUUGUCAGUUCCCAGCUUGAAAAGGAUGGUGUGGACUACCUCGUCAGUCAGUGUUUAUCAGCCACAGGCACCUACCACCAAGCUGGCUUUAAUUAGUGUGUGUGUGGUUUUGUGGUGUUAACAACUCUAGCCAUAUAAAGACCAAAGUGAACCCUGAUUUCUAUAUGUCUUUAAUACAGUGUUUUAUCUAGUAUUUUAAAAUUAUUUGUAGUUGAUUGCCUCAUAGUCCAUUUUGAUUCUUGUUGUUUACAAGUGAAACAUUUUAGAAAUACACUUGAGCUGUCGUUACAAAGAACAAAAGAGGAGUUGAUAUUAGAGUGGUACACUGCAUUCCUUCACCUCGAUGAACUCAUCUGCAGACUUGAGCAUAGUACUGUCUUUUCAUGCUGAAUGUCUUACUCUGUUAGCUGUCGAUGUCUUGAGGUUUAAAAUUACAUGAUAGAAAAUAAAAGAUACAAUGUUGGCAUUUAUGAUGGGUUUGAAGAUACUCUGUGUUGAUUUCUAUGAUUGGGAAAUUAAGUAAAUGGAUAGAGGCCCUUUAGGAGGUAUUUACGCCAAGGUGGGAAUGAGUUAAAGGUUUCAGCGUGGUCUGCUAGUGGUGGUAACAUGGAAGGUUUUUCUUUUGGAGCUUGUCUUCAUCAGGAUUGUCCAGUAUUAUCAUCAAGCCAAGUGAGAUUGUACAAACUUGUUAAUUAAGACACAUCCUUUGUGUGGUCAGAAAGAAUGUCAUGAAGCUUAUAAAAACCUUUUGGAAAAAUCAUUUUAAAAUUUUCUUAACAGGUUUUUCCUAAUUAUGAAGGAUUUGGAAGGAAGAAACUAGAACCAGACAUUUCCAGUGUUAGUGUCAAUUGACCAGAUGUGUGCAGUGGUGAUGCACUGUCAAAAUCAAUGGGUGAAACUGUUCUGUACACUGCCCAGUCUCACAAUUAAACUCAUUUUCCACUCGA